CAGUGCGGCAACCAGAUUGGGGCCAAGUUCUGGGAGGUGAUCAGUGAUGAGCAUGGCAUCGACCCCACGGGCACAUAUCAUGGGGACAGCGACCUGCAGCUGGAGAGAAUCAACGUAUACUACAAUGAGGCCACAGGAGGAAAUUACGUGCCCAGAGCCGUGCUGGUGGACCUGGAGCCAGGCACCAUGGACUCCGUCCGCUCCGGCCCCUUUGGCCAGAUCUUUCGGCCUGACAACUUUGUGUUCGGCCAGUCCGGAGCCGGCAACAACUGGGCCAAGGGCCACUACACGGAGGGCGCGGAGCUGGUGGAUGCCGUCCUGGACGUGGUGCGGAAGGAGGCUGAGAGCUGCGACUGCCUGCAGGGCUUCCAGCUGACCCACUCGCUGGGCGGGGGCACGGGGUCCGGGAUGGGCACGCUGCUCAUCAGCAAGAUCCGGGAGGAGUUCCCCGACCGCAUCAUGAACACCUUCAGCGUGGUGCCCUCGCCCAAGGUGUCGGACACGGUGGUGGAGCCCUACAACGCCACGCUGUCCGUGCACCAGCUGGUGGAGAACACGGACGAGACCUACUGCAUCGACAACGAGGCCCUGUACGACAUCUGCUUCCGCACCCUCAAGCUGACCACGCCCACCUACGGGGACCUCAACCACCUGGUGUCGGCCACCAUGAGCGGGGUCACCACCUGCCUGCGCUUCCCCGGCCAGCUGAACGCGGACCUGCGCAAGCUGGCCGUGAACAUGGUGCCCUUCCCGCGCCUGCACUUCUUCAUGCCCGGCUUCGCGCCGCUGACCAGCCGGGGCAGCCAGCAGUACCGCGCCCUGACGGUGCCCGAGCUCCAUCCAGGAGAUGUUCAAGCGCAUCUCGGAGCAGUUCACCGCCAUGUUCCGGCGCAAGGCCUUCCUGCACUGGUACACGGGCGAGGGCAUGGACGAGAUGGAGUUCACCGAGGCCGAGAGCAACAUGAACGACCUGGUGUCCGAGUACCAGCAGUACCAGGACGCCACGGCCGAGGAGGGCGAGUUUGAGGAGGAGGCCGAGGAGGAGGUGGCCUAGACCACCUCAUUCAUUCACCCCUGCCGGCCCCCACCCCCGCUGGGCUGCUCACCUUUGACCCCUUAGAGCUCCACUUGGGCCCCUGAGAACCCUGCAGCACCACCAAGCCUGACUCAGCUCUGACCCUCUGACCCUACAGCCUUGACUUCUCCCCUGAUCUCGGCUGACCUUCGACCCCUGAGCCCCACUUUGGCCCACAUUUAACUCCAUGAACUCUGUUUCUCCGUGACCUCUCCUUCACCUAUGACCUCACCCACCACCCCAAUGUACCCCCAGACAAAUAAACCCCAGUCUACUUUCGACCCCCUCUCCCUCUGAGCCUCCCUUCACCUCCGACCUUGCCUCACCUUUGACCCCACCACCCUCUGACCCCACCUGCUCUCUGGCUUCUGUAAGCCCCCUGUUUUAUCCCUGAACUCACUCCCCUCAACUCCAACUGACCUUGGCUUUCCAGGGCUGGUGGAGGGCAGCUGUGUGGGGAGAAGCAGCCCUGGAACAUGUGGACAAGAGAGGCUGUGCCCCCAUCCCGCCCCACCUCCUCCCUCUGGCUCACCCUCAAUAAAUAAAUUGUUGUCUUGUCAUGUU